AUGAGCGCCCGCACGCUGAGCUUCGCCCUCCGAAACGGCAUGAGCGCCACCGUACGCCGCGAGGCACUACCUGUGCGUGGAGGCCACGCGCACCGCCCGCCGCCGCCGCCGUUUGCGCGCCUCAAAGCGCCCGCGCAGCCGCUGCACGAAGAGGCAGAGCUCGUCUGGAACGACGGCGUGUCGCCCGAGACGCUCAUUGACUUUGACGCGCCGCACAUUCCCAAGUACACGGCGCUGCGCCACUGGCUGUAUGGCUUGGGCUUCUUUGCGACGCUCAUGGGCGUCGUGACGCUCUACAAUCCCGACUCGUGGCGACAAGCGGUCAAGCGUGGGACGUGCUUGCCGGAUCUCAAGUGGGAGCUGGGGGAGAUUGACGAGCCGGAAGGCGAGAUGGACGAGUGA